AAUCUCUGUUGCAGUGAUGUUCUAGCCCUGCCCAUAUUCAAACAGGAAGAAUCAAGUUUGCCUCCUGACAAUGAAAACAAGAUCCUGCCUUUUCAAUACGUUCUGUGUGCGGCCACGUCCCCUGCUGUGAAGCUUCAUGACGAAACACUCACUUACCUCAAUCAAGGUCAGUCGUAUGAGAUCCGGAUGCUGGAUAACAGGAAAAUCGGGGAGCUGCCUGAGAUAAACGGGAAGCUGGUAAAGAGUAUAUUUCGAGUGGUGUUUCACGACCGGCGGCUGCAGUACACGGAGCACCAGCAGCUCGAGGGCUGGAGGUGGAACAGGCCUGGGGACAGGAUCUUGGAUAUAGAUAUCCCGAUGUCGGUGGGGAUCAUUGACCCCAGGGCAAAUCCCACGCAACUGAACACGGUGGAGUUUCUUUGGGAUCCUUCGAAGAGGACGUCCGUGUUCAUCCAGGUGCACUGCAUCAGCACGGAGUUCACCAUGAGGAAACACGGCGGGGAAAAGGGAGUGCCCUUCCGCGUGCAGAUCGACACCUUCAAAGAGAACGAAAACGGGGAGUACACCGAGCACUUGCAUUCUGCCAGCUGCCAGAUUAAAGUCUUCAAGCCCAAAGGAGCAGAUCGGAAACAGAAGACGGACCGAGAGAAAAUGGAGAAGCGAACGCCUCAUGAGAAGGAGAAAUACCAGCCUUCCUAUGAGACCACAAUACUCACAGAGUGUUCUCCAUGGCCAGAGAUCACUUACGUCAACAAUGCACCAUCUCCUGGCUUUAACAGCUCCCACAGCAGUUUUACCAUUGGUGAGGGAAAUGGCUCUCCAAACCACCAACCCGAGCCACCUCCUCCGAUCACAGAUAACCUCCUGCCGACGACGACGCCUCAGGAAGCCCAGCAGUGGCUGCAUCGAAACCGUUUCUCCACUUUCUCCCGGCUCUUCACAAACUUCUCAGGUGCAGACUUACUGAAGCUAACCAGAGAAGAUGUUAUCCAGAUCUGUGGCCCCGCAGAUGGCAUCAGGCUCUUCAACGCGUUAAAGGGACGGAUGGUGCGGCCCAGGCUGACCAUCUACGUGUGCCAGGAGCCUCAGCAGCUGCGGGAUCAGCAGAAGCAUGAGGAUGGGGAGUCAGCCAACAGUACUUUCUUUGUGUAUCAUGCCAUCUACCUGGAGGAGCUGACGGCAGUGGAACUGACAGAAAAAAUAGCCCAGCUCUUCAGUAUCUCCUCUCGACAGAUCAGCCAUAUCUACAAACAGGGGCCUACAGGAAUACACGUCCUGAUCAGCGACGAGAUGAUACAGAACUUCCAAGAUGAAUCGUGCUUUGUCCUGGACACAAUGAAAGCUGAAACCAACGAUAGCUACCACAUCAUCUUAAAGUAAGAGGGAACUGGACUAGGAGAGCCUGUAGCCACCUCUCGUCACACACAAAGACCCUCGCCUGUUGCACAAGGAUGCAAGCAGAGAUCAGAAAGUCACGGCAGGCUUCUGUAAAGAUCCUGAUCUUUGUUGUUACUGCGCUGUACCUUCGGGCAGGUGACGCCCUGCCCUGCCCUGCCCAUUGCUCUUCUGGCAUGUAGCCUGCUGCUGAUGCUAGUGCACUGCUUAACCUCUGACGUUUAAAAUGGAAGUAGUUGCAGACGUGAGGCUAAACGGGCCAGGUUGCGUUGUCCUUCGCUAUUGAUAGAAACUUACCUUUGUGUCUUAUGGGUUUAAUGAUAAGUGGGUUACACUUGGAGGGGUGUUGGCUUCCGUCACGUGCUGGAGCCUUGCACGUGAACAUCUAUUCUAAUAACUCAACCCAGCAACCUCUCUGGCAUACACAGCAACCCCUCAACCCCUUCCCUCCCUUCACAAACCUUCCAGCUGCACUGGGGGGCAGACGGGGACUACUUUUUUUUUAAAGCUUCUCUUUGAAGUUGUCAGACAUCUGCAUUUUAAAGGUGUUAUUCUCAUUCCUCCAAUCCCGGGAGGUUUAGUGUGUCUGUCUGUCUGUCUGUCUGAGACAGUGUGAUUUGAUCCUAGUUCUCUCCUUCCUGUCAAGACUAUCAGGAACUCCAGUCUCAUGGAUUUAUAAGGUCGCCCUCUAUAUGGACGAGUGUGGCUUGACUCUUAAAGCUCACAUGACUUUGAGGAAAAAAUGAAAUUUGAGGAUGAAUUAGCUAAUGAUAUGGUCUGUUUCCCAUAUGACUCUUUUUUUUGUUUGUUUUGUUUAAAAACAUAAAAUUCGUGAUCUUUGGGGUGGAGGGGAAGUGAAAAACCUCUGGUGCACCUUCAUUGGCAAUGGGUGACAUUUCAUCGGCAUAUUGACUUUUAUGUCUCAUUAACCUGGAACAGCCGGGAACCAGCACUGAGAGAGAUUUACAUAGCAAGAGCCUGCAGGCUGUGCUUAAAGCUACUGACAACUUCAUGAUGCCAAAAAGCCUACAUAUAGAUUUCCAGGACAGCAGCUGCUGGGUCUCUUGGGCUUAAAAAAACCCCUGCUUUCUAAAACAGAUGCCUGAGCAUGUGUCCCCUCUUUGUGAGAGCACCUAGUAUCACUUGAAAAAAGAUGCCCUAAAUAAAAAGCAACUUCUAAUAAAGCGGGGCCUGGAUUGAUAUUUGCCCAGGAUGUCAGGUUUUUGAGUAAAUAGAUGGUUUUUAUAAACAAACAUGAAAUAUUUUUACAAGAAACAUAAUACAAAGCAGAUGUGUUCAGAUGAUUAGGUUAUGACAUUAGCCAUCACCAGGCAGGAAAUGCCCGGUUCUGAGUUGGAUCAGAAAAGGCCUAGCUAGUGGGGAGGUAAUGUUGUGUAUGUGCACGUCUGACAAUCGUAUCUUCAUAGUUUCAAACAGCUGGAAUACUGACUUCUCCUCUUAGAACCCUAACAAACCUCUCUGGUCUCUCUUCCCCCCUGCCUCCAUUCAUGGGAAUAGCCUACAGAUGGCAACCAUGAUGUAUCUAUUCCAAUCCCCCCCCCCCUUCCCUCUAAAUAUGAUGGCUUCCGUAGAUGCUAUUUAGUGAUGCGUCUGUGAGCCUUUAUCUCCCGACUGGAUUUGAGAUGAUGAAACAACUCAGCGGAGGCCCUGCAUGAAAGGUGCUGGAACUCUUUGCUCCCAGUUCCUUUGCGGAGACGUGUCAGUGCCAUAUCUUUGGCGUCACUGCGGGUGAAGAGCUAGAGAUGCUGAACGAGACAUAUCCCCUCCAGGGUGAUGGCGAGUUGCUUUUCAGGACAAUAUGAGAGAACAUGCUGUUUUGUACCUGUCGUGGGGACAAACAGAGACUUCGGGACAGGCUCAGUGUUGCCACCCAGGGCCGAAUUCGCUUAAAUGCCAAAGUGGUGGUUUUCCCCUGGGUUUUGCUUUAAAAAGACUCUGAAAGCCCCUUUAUAUCAUGGCCUCAUUGUGGACAACACCCAGCAUUCUCCCUCUACCUGACUUUUGGAUGGCGUAUGUCCUAUUUGUCACGUUUGAAUCUUGAGCUGAGAGAUAAACACUCUGAAAUUGCUGUGGCUCUGUGUUGUGUCGUGGAUCUUUGCCUAAUAAACGUGGAGGCCUUGGCCACUUAAAUCAAUGAGGGUAAAGAGGCCAAGAAAAGCCUUAAAACAAGUUGGAGUAAUUUCACCUGCUUUCUCUGCUGAAGAUCAGCAUGUGCUACUGAUGAAUUGGAAGGACUGUGAACUCUGCAUACAGAGGUGUUAUGCUUUUGGCAACUGGCCUUUUUGUAUCUGUUUUACUACAUCAGUGAUAGAUUGGGAAGAUACCUGUAUUUUAAUCUGGGUGGGGGGUGGGUUCUUGGCAUGCAAGAGGCACAAUAGAAAAUGUACAGUAGUGACAGACUUGUUGAACUUUUUGUAUCGAUGUUUCUGGGUGCAUACAGAUUCUUAAUUAAUCCAUUGACUGAAAACAUAAACUUAAUUGUGCAUCUG